AUGGAAUCACUUGCACCUGGGGACGGUGAGGUACAACAACCUGGAGGACUAAAACAACAACAAAAAGGUGGAGGUAGGAAACCAAAAGCACCUACAAGACCUAAACAAGAACAGAAAUCAAGUGGCAAAAAGCCAUACCAAAAUGACCAACCUUCCUCUACUAAGAAGUCAUACCUUUCUAGCAACAUUACAACUUCAGCUCAAGCUACUGGCAUUGAAGAUUCUGAAACUUUUACAGGAAUGCUCUUUUAUGUAAUGAAAAAAGAGAGAGUGAUAUUUGCUGCUGCUAAAAAUUUAGAUGCACUUAUUAAGUCUAUAGAAGCUAAAUAUCCUCAACGUGAAGACGGGCAGGAUUUUAGAUUUCGUUUUAUUAAAUGUGGACUUACCAAGCAUUCUCUUGAGGAACACAUUCAAUUGAUAUUUGAUGAUACUAAAAAUCAUAGUUUAAAAGGAUGGAGUAUUUUUCCUCAUAUAACACCUUGUGAAUUAAAACGGCGUGAUAUAGAAAUGUUUGGUGAUACUUAUCAUGCUAAACCUCCGACUCUUCUCAUAUCUGUAAUAGCUUCACCUGAUGCUGAACCCAGCACCCUAAAUUAUCCUGUACCAAUUAAGGGCAUUGUUGAACCAAUAACUUUAAAUAUCAUAAUUGAUAAAGCUACAAAAGAUAAUACUGCUACGUCAGAGACUACUGCAGAUGCUGUUGUUUCAACUAAAGAACAAAGCAAAGAUACUUUGAAUUUGUCACAUUUAAAUGAUAUAUUCCUUGCUUUGGUGGAUAAUGAAUUUACAAGCAAAAAGUGGCGAAAACUUGGACUACGUUUAGGUGUCAAACAUGAAAAAUUGAACACUUUUGAAAAAGAUUAUUCAGAUGAAGUAGAAAGACGUGUUGAAGAGUGUAUUGCGGAAUGGUUAAAAACUGGCAAAGCAACUUACAAAGCAUUAGUUGAUGCUCUUAAAAAAAUUGAUGAAAUUGCAGUAGCUAUAAACAUAGAAAAGACUUUUAUAAAAUAACUGUAAACAAGUAAUUGCAAGAUGAAACUUU